GCGACUCGGAGUCAAUUUCCUAUUUGAAAGCUUGACGUCAGGAGCGCUAUAAAACUCAGCAAUGCUUUUAAACUCUCCUCCUGGAUGAGCUCUUUAAAAUAUUUUUUCAUCUUGUUGCUGGAGCUUGGGAGUUGAGUUUCUUUUCUUUUUUUAAGGGGGAAAAAACCUGCUUGUUAUUUUGGGUCAUACCAUUGACCCUAGACAGUAUUAUUUUCCAAGGGUUUUUUCUUUCUUUCGCUUUUUCUAAAGAAGUAGUAAUAGUUACUUACCUCCUCUCUCUUUUAUUUAUUUUUUCCUUUUCCCCCUCCCCUGAUGGUGAAACUGUCUCUCUCUUCGUUUUUGCACCGGGCAUGAAAAAAAAAAGAAAGCAGUCCAGAAGGAAAGAGACCCUGAAGUGUUGAGAAAGAAAGAAAUCCAAACAACCGUUGCAAACAACAACUUAAAGCAACCUUUUUCCUCUGCAAAGCUGCAGAGCAGAGAGAGAGAGAGCGCACAGGGGAGAGAGGGGGAGGGAGGCGAGGGGGGGAGAGGAGAGAGAGAGCGCGAAGGGGGAGAGAGCGAGAGAAAAGCCAAAGCAAUCCAGCGCAGCCUGAUGCAAAGGGCGACUAAGUAGAGGCAGAAGAGCGAGCGAGCGAGGCAGCCGCCUGCGGUCCGCCGGCUGCACCCGCGUGGCUGUUCUUCGCGAAGGGAAGCUCGCUGCAGCUUGGAGCCGAGCCUUGCCAGAGCAGGAGAGCGGCAGGCAGGCGCGGGGGGAGCGCGAGGGAGCGAGAGCCGCGCAGGCACCCCGAGAGCAGCGGCGCCGAGCUCUUGCAAAGCCUCAAACUGGCUCAACCGCUCGCAAGUCAGAGCAGCCCCCUCGCUCCGGGAGUGCACCCUUUCUGGAGGACUGGCGGCGGCGGCGGCGGCACCCCCAGCAAAAGGAUGGCAUCCGAGCUGGCCCUGAACAGCUCCGACCUGCCCACCAGUCCCUUGGCCAUGGAAUAUGUUAAUGACUUCGAUCUGAUGAAGUUUGAAGUGAAAAAGGAGCCGGUGGAGACCGACCGCAUUAUCAGCCAGUGCGGCCGCUUGAUCGCUGGGGGCUCGCUCUCUUCCACCCCGAUGAGCACGCCCUGCAGCUCGGUGCCGCCGUCGCCCAGCUUCUCGGCGCCCAGCCCGGGCUCGGGCGGCAGCGACCAGAAGACGCACUUGGAAGACUACUACUGGAUGACCGGCUACCCGCAGCAGCUCAACCCCGAGGCGCUGGGCUUCAGCCCGGAAGACGCCGUGGAGGCGCUCAUCAACAACAGCCACCACCAGCUCCAGAGCGCGCCGGGCUUCGAUGGCUAUGCUAGAGGGCAGCAGCUGGCCGCGGCCGCCGCCGCCGCAGCGGCAGCCGGCGGCGGCGGCGCCGGCCCGGGGGGAUCCAUGCAGCCCGACGACAUGGGCUCGGCGGCCGCCGUGGUGUCAGCGGUGAUCGCGGCGGCUCAGCAGCAGCAGCAGAACGGCGGCGGCGCGCCCCAUUACCACCACCACCACCACCCGGCCGGGGGCCACCACCACCAUCACCACCACCAGCAGCCGGGCAGCGUGCAGUCCUCGGGCAGCAGCAGCAGCAGCAGUAGCAGCAGCAGCAGCAGCAGCGCCGGCGGAGGAGGCGGCGGCGGCGGGGGUCUCCACCACCCUCACCACGGCGGCGGCGGCAGCUUGCAUUUCGACGACCGCUUCUCGGACGAGCAGCUGGUGACCAUGUCGGUGAGGGAACUCAACCGGCAGCUGCGCGGCGUCAGCAAGGAAGAGGUCAUCCGGCUGAAGCAGAAGCGGCGGACCCUCAAGAACCGAGGCUACGCGCAGUCCUGCCGCUUCAAGAGGGUCCAGCAGCGGCACGUCUUGGAGUCCGAGAAGAACCAGCUCCUGCAGCAAGUGGAGCAUCUCAAGCAGGAAAUCUCCAGGCUGGUCCGGGAGAGGGACGCCUACAAGGAAAAAUACGAGAAAUUGGUCAGCAAUGGGUUCAGAGAAAACGGCUCCAGCAGCGACAACCCAUCCUCUCCAGAGUUUUUCAUGUAUCCAAGAGAAUCUUCUACAUCAGUGAUGUGAAAAUUCCUGUUACGUGGAGUCUGACAAGAAAACCUGAUGCUGGGUUGCAGAUGGCUUACAACAAUUUCUGGCAUGAAGAUAAGCUACAAAGCACAAAAAGAAGAAAAAUUUAAAAAAUCCCCACAGACAAAUGAACUCGGAACGAAACAAGAACAAAAAUGGCAUUUUCAUGGCAUUGAAGAGUUCUUUAUUUUUCCUCAAGUUUUCUUUUCUUAAAAAAAAAAAAGCAAAAGGAACUAAAGACAUUCACAGGAACCAGACUUGCUCUUCAGGUGACAAUAUUCAAGCAUGUUCUUUUAUUACAUUUAAAUUGGGGGGGAAAUACUGAACAGAGCAUGGUGCUGGGAGAACUGAGACACUGGCAAUAGUUGGUAUCCUCCAACCCUCCUUAAAACUCUGAUCUGAGAUAUGGAUGGAAAAAACUUUUCAGUCCCUCCAGUUGGUCACACCCUGUGUGUUUAUAAAGAGACAUUACCCCCCCACAGUAUUUAGAGAAUGGUUUGCAAAUGUAUCUUUUAAUAUCAUAUUUUAUGGAUAUUCUGCAAUAUAUUUAAUUAGAAGGGGAGCAACCUGGACUUUGGGGCACCUUCUCUUUUUAGGCAAGCUAGUUCUUAUUUGCAGCCAAGGAGUUUUCUUGGUUAUUUAAGAUUUUGGGUUGUUUUACAAAAUGUUAACAAGCCAGAAGUGAGACUGGCAAAGGGGAUGCCCUCCUCGGAGAGUAAGCCCUAAUUGCAAACUCAAAUCCCAUAAAGUUUGCUGGGUGCUGUUCGCAAAUGGAUGGGGGAAACCCAAACACCAUUUUGAUUUCAGAGAGGCAGCCCCCUGCUUCGCCUGCCAAACUGUACAUGCAGCAAGGAGAAGACAACUCCCUUGUGAGGGCAUCCCUGUAGGAAACACAAGCUGAGCAUGUUCACAUGCUACUUUUCUAGGUGUAUGAUGAAAAGAGAGAAGGGGGCACAUGCCUAAAAAAUGCAAUGUGC